UUAGAAAAUAAAACGGAGACAAUAUUCCAAAGAUAGAUAACAAAUUAGAGCGUGAGAGGCGGGUAUUUAAUUAACACAUCUGUAUGAACCUAAUAUUAAGGUAAGAUCUCAUUUUUGUCCAACCUUAUACAUUAUUAACUAAACGGUUGUUACAUUACAUAUAAAAAACACAAAAUUCUAAUCAAACGAAAGUUGCACUACAUUGCCCCAUUUUGUUGUUUUUACAAAUAAAAUUGUGAUUUGUGAAGGUGUUUGUGUUGGAGGGAAAUUAAUUUAGGAAAAAAUGGCGAAGAUAAUAUUUGUUUUGAUAUUUUCGAUUGUGCUUGCUAUGCCAUUCCGCACAGUUUUGGGACAAGAUGGUUUGAAGGAUCUUUUAGGAGGGGGAGAUUUGGCUAGCACUAUUGAUGAGGCUAAGAAGGCUCUUGGUGCUGCUUCUGGUGAGGCCGGUGGCCAAGCCGCUCUUGAUGAUUAUGCUGGUGGUGAAGAAGGCCAAACCGCCAAUCCUGCUGACGCAUCGUUGGCUGGUUGGAUAGAGACAGACAAUGCUACAAGCAAUGGCACAGGAAGUUCACCUCCAAAAUCAGCAGAUUCACCAAUUGGUGCUGCAGAAGAUUUGCCUGCAGACACACCAGAAGGAGGAGCACCGACACCAACAGCAGAUGGUUCAUCCAAUAAAUCACCACAACAAGCACCAACAAAUGCACCAUCAAACGAACCAAGCAAAACACCUGAAUCUGCACCCACAAAUGCACCCACAGCAGCAUCCACCAACGCGCCUGCAGAGGCACCAAAAGGCAAUGGCGCGAAUGUAGCCGGUAGUUCUAAAGCACCUGAAAGUGCUCCAAUUGUGUCUCCAACCGGAGCACCUCAAGGGGAUCUAACAGAUGAUGAUGAUGACGAUGAUCAAAUGGUUGCACCUUCAGGUGCACCUAAAGGGACCUCUACAGAUGAUGAUUGAAGUAUAGAAUUGUAACAUCAUCACAUUCUUAAUUCAAUGUUAAUUAUUAACAUAAACAGUUAAGUUUCCGUUGAAAUUUUAAACGGGGUUGAGUAUGUAAUACCGAUCAAUUUUCCCCGUAACAAAAUGUGCGUAUUUGUUGAU